AAGGAGACAUUAGCAUGAAGUGCCGAAAACAACAAGACGAGAUGAUUGUUGACAGGCCAGGGUGUCCCGAAAGACGUGUCUUCUUGGUGACGCAGGCAGUCGCGCGGGGUCUUGGCAAAAGCUAAUAACAGCUUGGAGGAUUGGACCAGGAGUUAACUGUCUUGUCCAAACAUCCACGACAACAUUUCUUCACCACGCCCGACCUGUCGCAAUGGCAUACUACAACCCGCAGCAACAGCAGCAGCCGUACGGCAAUGCGCAAAACCUGCAAUUCUACCCAUCAUCAUACUCGAACCAGCCCGUCUCUGGCACGUCAACACCCUUCCAGGCAUUCAAUGGCGGAGCGCAGACAUCAGCAUAUCCGUCUAGCUAUGGCGCAGGCUUUGGUGGACAGUCGGCUGUAUCUGGACGUAUGGGUGAACAAGGAGGCUUGACAAUGGGAUGGCUGGCUGCAUUUGGCACUGAGGGAUACCCGGGAGAGCCUCCGUUGUUGGAAGAAUUGGGUGUCAACUUUGGGCACAUCAAGACAAAGACUCUUACCGUCUUGAACCCUUUGGCUCGAAUUGAUCAGCAUAUCAUGGACGACUCUGAUCUGGCAGGACCAAUCCUCUUCUUCCUGCUGUUCGGCACGUUUUUGCUCUUGUCUGGCAAGCUUCACUUUGGCUACAUUUACGGACUUGCAGCUAUGGGCAGCAUCUCACUCCACUGGAUCCUGUCGCUCAUGUCACCACCUCUCUCUCCCGCCGACGCCUCAGCUCAACAGCAAGAUGCCUCAUCCGCACACGGUGGCCACUUCUCAGCAACCUUGACCAUCUGGCGUUCCGCCUCUGUUCUCGGCUACUGCCUUCUCCCUCUUGUCUUGACGUCUUUCGUCGGCAUCGCACUCCCUCUCGAUGGACUGUUUGGCUACAUCUUGACGAGUCUGGCAAUCUCGUGGUGCACAUACAGUAGCAGUGCUAUGUUCUGUGCUGUCGGAAGAAUGACCGGUAUGCGAGGUUUAGUCGCAUACCCUCUGGCUCUGUUCUACGUGGGCUUUGGCAUCAUGGCCAUUUUCUCAAGCAGAGGUACCGGUACUCUUGCCACCAACCUCAAGGCUGGAUCGUAAAAAGGAAGGCUGUCAGCAGCAUAAAGUAGAGGGGCAUUUUGUAUGAGCCGCUUAGAAAAUGUAUUCAUGAAUUCAUCAUAACAUCUGUUCAAGGACAAGAUUAGAUAAGAUGGCUCGAAAAGAUCUAAAGAGGUUUUGCACGAGUCAAGCAAGUUUCGGGUCAGCAAAGCGAUGGCGGCCGAAGACUCCCGAGCUCCGCGUCUUUAUCUUUAUUUACGCAUCAUCCAACU